AUGAAUCGAAUGAAAUACACAAUUAAGCAAGAACCUGAUGCAUUGGAUUUAUCGAAUCGCCCACAACAUUUAUUGUCGCCUUCGAUUGAGAAUGAAGAUGAGGAUGAUGACGAUGAAUAUCUUCCUAGUGAAGAUGAACAACAUACAACAAAUAAUCAAGAAGCAAACAAUUUUCAUACAAAAAAAGUAACUUAUGAUAGCGGUUUUAUUGAUACAAGCGAUGAGAAUAACGAUCUAACCACCAUGGCUAAACAAGAACGAAAUCGUCAUCAUUAUCAUAGUACACCUUUACGACCUCAACAGAUACAUUCUCAUAUUCGUCAUCCGAGUACAAACAGUAGUACAUGUUCAUCACCAACAAAUCAAGAACGAUCGAAUUCACCAAGCGAUGAUAAAGAAUGCCGAAAUACAAGAUUUCUUGGUAGUCGAGCUGUUGCUGUACUCAAUCAUUGGUUUCAAUCGAAUCGCGAUUAUCCAUAUCCUGAUGAUGAACGAACAGAUCGUUUAGCUCGUGAAGCAGGUAUUACACAAAAACAAGUUAAAAAAUGGUUUGCAAAUAAACGUGUACGUAGUCAAAUGUGUUAUAAACCACUAUAUCGUUCUCGAAAAUCUCGUAAUGCAUCAUCUAUUAUACGCCAAAAUCAAAAGCAAGUUCCAUCGGUUGUAUCAACACCACCAUCAUCAACAACUACCACAACAACAACAACAACAACACAAUCUCGUCGGCCUCAAACCAACUAUAAUUAUAUUAUUAACCAUAAUAAUAUAGCAACACCAGCACCUUUGCCCGAUUUUAGUAAUGUAUUUUCAGGUCCUAACCCUUCUUUAUUUAAUCCUAUGGCUGCGUCAAUGAUGAUGUUCAUGAUGCAACAACAUUUAAUGACAACAAUGAUGGCUGCUGCUGGUCUACCUCAAUUACCUUCAACGCCUAUCGCACCACCAACACCAACAUCUCCAACGGAGUCUUCACCAACGGCCAAGAAAACGAAUGUGGAUCGUAUUACAAGAUUUUGGUUAUGA